UGCAUAUAUUAGUGCAUGUGUGGCAAAGCAGACAUCCCUGUGGAUUCAUUGGGCUUUCCGAUUGUUCAAAGUCCAGGAAACCAUCACAGACAGCAGCUAUGAAGGUGAUAUCCAUCUUUCUGCUGGUGAUCAUCAGCAUUUGUGGUUAUACUGCCACUGCCUUCCUCAUCAACAGUGUUCCUCUUCCUGUUAAAAACCUACCUUUACCUUUGGACAAUGUUCUUCCCUUAUUUGAUCCUUUGAAGAUGCUUCUGAAAACUCUGGGAAUCUCUGUAGAACAUCUGGUGGCAGGGCUGAAGAAAUGUGUGGAUGAACUGGGACCAGAGGCUUCAGAGGCUGUGAAGAAGCUUCUGGAGGCCCUAUCACACCUAGUGUAACAUCUGCAUAAAGAAAGUGAAGGUGGGAGUGGAAAGAGAAGGAUGUGCACAUCCUGGCUGGCUGAAUCUCAUUCUACCAUUUGGAGACUGAAUGUCCUAAAGUGUACUGAGUCUAGAAAAGAAUGAAUAAAGCAAUGAAAAAAU